CUGGCUGUGGUGGAGCUCAAGAACUUCCCCGUGUUCCUCAGGGACUACGCUCCCACCGUCCUGCUCAAUGGUGCCAAUGUCGGAGAUCUCAACUCUAUAGCGAAAGAUAUGUCGCUUUUCUCUGCCGUGCCUCACAGGUGCCAAGAAAUCAUUCGGGACUAAAACCGAACUGACGGGGAAGGACCUAACGGAAGGGAAAGAGUUCUUGAAGUGCAUGAGCGCUGAGGACGCCAAGAAAGUGAAGCUUGAUAUGUUAGUUGAUGCCCUGAAGAACAUCACGGAAACCAAGAUGCCUCUCUCUAAUGGGGCGGUCAGGGUGUUCAGAAAUAUGCUGGUCAAGUGGGCUGAUACCAACCUGCCAAGCUCAGCAUCAGAGGCUCUUAGUGGUGUGUACCUCGGUGACAUAGCUGUGCUGCCACCUAGUGUGAUUGCUGAUGCUGGGGACCUGGUAUUGUCUUACAUGACCCAAGAGAUGAAGACGCUCUUUAUGAUGAGGAUGUGUAAGAUGGACUCACUGACUCACAUCUCUCAAAUCCGCCGUAGGAUGCUCAUCAACAGUAUAGUCAAGGAGAUGCUAGAAGAGGAUGACAUAGAUCUCUGUAUGCUGAAGAAGUUAGGCACAUGUGGCCUUGACCUCGAAACUGAAAAUAUCAAGAAAUUGGAUGAGGCCGCCUCCCUGUUAUACCUCAACACUCUGGAGAAAAAACUUGAAGCCAACAUACCAGUCUGUCUUGACAAAACCCAGAAGGAUGUCAUCGGUGAAAAGAUAGUGGAAUUUAAAGGACCCACGAAAACUUGGAAGGACGCAAAUCAGUUCAAAUGCUUAAUGGAUACUCUGUCCGACACCAAGAUGAAUGGACUGAACUCAGAGGUUUUGGCUACAGUUUCCUGUAACCAAAUAUUUCCCCCUUUGACGAUGGUCAAGUGGUGAGUGGGGAGG